AUGCCGCAGGACAAACGCCUCAUUGUGACGAAGGCCGUGGUACACAAAAUACAGCGGCUGUGUGGGGCUGACGCGGAGGCUGCCGCGGCGGAGGGCGUCUUCAUUGAGUUUGUCGUGCCCGCUGUGGUGGUUACGCAGUGCCCGGAGCUGCUCACCGAGCACGUUUUCCAGCUGCCGAAGCGCACCUACGCCAUGAACGGCCGCACAACAUGCCUCAUUGUUCCGCGUGUUAUUUCCGGUGAUGCGUUUAAGAUUAAUAAACGGCACGGGUACUACGACGCCGUGGUGACGGCGGAGGCCAUCUGUAAGCGGGACGACGCGGAGGCCGCGCGUCGGGCGGUGCUGGUAGCCAAGACCUUUUCCCACUUUGUUGUGGAUGAGCGGAUUGUGUCGAAGCUGCCGCCAUGCAUCACCGCCGCGGCCUCGGCGCCGUCGCCGGCGACCACGCAGGCGCGUGCAGUGGCCUCUUCCUCCGUGCCACGACCAGGAAUCCAGGGCGGGAAAAGGGACGCUGCGACUAAAGGCAGAGGCGGGAAGCUCGCAGAGUCGUCCCCGGCUACGCCGGCCGCAUCGUUGCCGAAGGCCUCGCGCAAAUGCAUCACCGCCCUGCGUAACCUCGAGGAUCGCACGAGUCUCACAUUUCGGCUCUCGCAGGGUGUCUUGGGCGGUGUAGUGCGGGCAAAGAACUCGGGGCAGUUGAUCUUUCGUGUGGGUCACGCCGGCAUGACGGCGGGUGACUUGUGUGAAAAUGCAAAGUGCUUUAUUUUUGCCCUGAAGAGGGACUUCCCCACUGUGUGGAAGUACAUUCACGAGUUCAAGAUGACGUCCAAUGUAACGGAGCCCAUCCGCUUUAUGGAAGUUCACAUUCGGAAGUGA